ACUUGCUCAUGGUCACACAGCAAGCUCCUUUUCGCCCUCUGCCGGCGGACAGUGGCAGAACCCAGCUUUCUGGUUGCUAUGGGUACCGAGGUAACGCGGUAACUAAGGAGACCAAGACGGAAACUCCCUGCAGCUAUCCGCGGCCCGCCGGCGGUGGUGAUGCGAGAGGCUGGGGUCUCCAGCCUUUAGUCUGCCUGCGCGUUCACAUGCACCCACGUCCUUAAAGUUUACUCACAAGUAGACUAUGGUGCGAGAUGCCCAAUUCCUGAAACAUCUGAAGUUGUGGAUGUUUAUUUUUUUCUUCCCAAAAUCAGCAGUAGAGAGACUCAGAAGUGUUUACAAAUCAGAAUAACUUUUAGACAACAUUAAGGUGGUAAUCAUGAACACAAAAGAUUUUGUAGUUCUUCCAUGGGGAAAACCUGGAAAUUCUGUAAAGCUAAAAUAUAGAAAUGCUCAAGAACUGCGAAUGGAGAAAGUACAGUUAGAGUUUGAGAACCAAGAGAUGGAGAAGAAACUGCAAGAAUUCCGAUCCACAAGAAGCAAAGAAAAGGAAGAAAGAGAGUCAAGCGAAUAUUACUGGAAAUCUGGAAAAGUGGGCAAAUUGGGUAAUCAAUCAUAUAUGAUGUCAAAAAAUAAAGGAAAUGUUAUUAAGGUAUGCCUUGAAUGUGGAGAAGAUUAUUGUUCAGGAUGCUUUGCUAAAAUUCACCAGAAAGGGGCACUAAAGCUCCACAGAACAACUCUUUUGCAGGCAAAAUCUCAAAUAGUAUUCAGUGUAUUGGAUGUUGCCCAUCAGUUUAUAAAGGAUGUUAAUCCAGAUGAACCCAAAGAGGAGAAUAAUUCUACAAAGGAAACCAGUAAAAUUCAGCAUAAACCCAAAUCUUUAUUUAUCCAGAGGAGCAGCUCUGAGGUAGAAAUUACAACGACAAAAAGAGCAGAAUGUACAAAACCAAGAGAGAGUCUAUUGUGUGAAGGGUCAUUCAAUGAAGAAGCUUCUGCACAGUCCUUUCAGGAAGUGUUAAGUAAAUGGAGAACCAGAAAUCAUGAUGACAAGAAACAGAAUUUACAUGCAGCAGAAAAAGACUCACUGGAAGAAUGUGAAGUGCAGACUAAUCUGAAAAUUUGGAGAGAACCACUUAAUAUUGAAAUUAAAGAAGAUAUUCUAUCCUAUAUGGAAAAAUUAUGGCUUAAAAAACACAGGAGAACUCCACAAGAACAACUUUUUAAUCUGCUACCAGAUACAUUCCCACAUCCAUGUGAAACCACUGGUGAUGUACAGUGUUCUCAAAAUGAAAAUGAUGAAGAUAGUGAAGGUGAGGAGACCAAAGUACAACACACAGCUCUUUUAUUGCCAGUAGAAACAUUAAACAUAGAGAGACCUGAACCAUCUCUAAAAAUAGUCGAACUGGAUGAUACUUAUGAAGAGGAAUUUGAAGAACCAGAAAAUAUUGUGCCUUACAAAGUUGAAUUAGCUGAUGCAGACAGUCAACCAAGUUGUGCUUUUCAUGAUUAUCAGAAGAAUAGCUUUCUAUAUGAAAAUGACAUCCAUCAACAACAUGUUUUCCAUAAGGGAAAGAGAGACUUCUUAAAUCUUUGUCUGAGAAACAGCUCUACUUAUUACAAAGAUAAUUCAAAAGCAGAAACUUCAAACACAGAUAUUGACAACAUCGUGGAUCCUGAUGUGUAUUCUCCUGACAUUGAAAAAAUUGGGGAAAACACCUCCUUUGAAAUAAAUUUAAAAGAGAAAAGUACAGGUUUAGAAAGUAAUCAAAAGUCUGAUGAUUCUUGCAUAUCACUUGAAAGCAAGGAUACUUUGCUAAGUAUAGAUUUAGAAAAACCUCCCAUUGAGGAGAAAUUAUCUCAAGACAUCAAAGAAUCCUUGGAAUUCAGCAAUCUGCAUAAGACACCACGCUUUGAAGAUUCAAAAACUACAAAGUCAUCACUGUUGUUACAAGAAAUAGCCUGCAGAAGGAAGCCUAUAACAAAACAAUAUCAAGGACUUGAGAGAUUCUUUAUUUUUGAUACAAAUGAAAGACUCAACUUACUUCCUUCUCAUCGUUUAGAAUGCAACAGUUCCAGUACUAGGAUUACACUUGCAGAAGACAGAGAAUGGAUUCCAGACCAUAGCUUAAGUGAACAUGCUGAUAAUGCAAUUGUCUUGGGUGUUCUGCAGGGUGCUCAGAGUCCAUCAUCAAGUAGAAAACAGCAAAAGAUGGAUUGGAAAUCACAGAGACCUUCAACAUCAAAUUUUCCACUUUCCAACUCUGUUAAAGAAAGCUCCAGCUGCCUUUCAUCCUCUCCUUGUCGAUCAAGAAGUGCAACUGCUCAAUCAUUGUCUAGAGCUGCUUCUGAAAUUUCAGAAAUUGAAUAUAUUGAUAUUACUGACCAGAAUGAGCUUUCCUUAUAUGACACUACUGAUCAAUGUACCUUAGACAGUUUGGAAAAAGAAUUACAAGUGCUGACAACUCUUGCAGAUACUUCAGAAAAGCUUUAUAGCUUAACCUCAGAAGAGUUCCCAGAUUUCAGCAGCCAAUUACUGAAUAUAAGUCAGACUUCCACAGAUUUCCUUAAGACCUCACAUGUGAGGGAUCCCUGUGGAGUUGAGGAAUUGAGCUGUUCUGGAAGAGAUACCGAAAUUCAGUCUUUGCUGUCACUUUCUGAGAGGAGUACAGAUGAUGAGGAGGAAGAUUUUCUCAACAAGCAACAUGUCAUUACACUACCAUGGUCAAAGAGUACUUAAUGAUUAUUUGUUGAUUACUUUUUCCAUUUGGUACCCAGAGUAAAGCAAACAAUUGAGAAAAGUAGCCAAGUGAUUACCUGUCCAAGUGCUGGAGAUUUUGAUUAUUAAUGUCUCUGAAGUUUCAAGGCUACAAACUAAUAAAAGUAAAAUUAUAAGUUCAA